CUCUUUUUGACUCGCUCAGUAUGGCCGACGCUUCGACUGUCACCAUUCGCACUCGCAAGUUCCUUACCAACCGCCUGCUCCAGCGCAAGCAAAUGGUGGUGGAUGUUAUCCACCCUGGUCUCGCCAACUUGUCCAAGGACCAAAUCCGUGAGAAGCUUGGCAAGAUGUACAAGGCCGAGAAGGAAGUCGUGUCCGUCUUUGGUUUCAAGACCCACUUUGGUGGUGGAAAGACCACUGGUUUCGGUUUGAUCUACGAUUCCGUCGAAGCUCUCAAGAAGUUCGAACCCAAGUACCGUCUUGCCAGAAUUGGUUUGGCCGAGCCCGGUAAGGGUGGUCGCAAGCAGCGCAAGGAAAAGAAGAACCGUGCCAAGAAGUUCCGUGGUACCAAGAAGUCCAAGGCUUCUGCUGGCAAGAAAUAAAUCCAUUGACCUUUGCAACCAUCCUCUUGUAUUAAAAAAUCACGCCAUAAAGCAGAAUUUCAACCCAAAAUACGACGAUGCUUUUAUCCAUGAU